AUGACUAGUGCUGUUCACGAUUAUACAUACUCUGUUCAAGUUAAGAGUCGCUUUGACUUGUUUGCAAAAGAUGACUACAAUGGUGAGGACCCAGAUGUCCUUUUGACGAGGCUUCGGACUCAGAAGCGCGAAAGAAAGUCGUCUGCGAAGGAGGCUUCCGAAAAAGCCUCUCAAGAUGUUCUCGAGCCUAUCCAGAAGGAGACUCAAGCUCCCCGCAAUGAUCGCCGUGGAGCUGAUCAGAAAGCCUCCCUACGUGAUGCCUCUGGUAACAUACGAGGUCGCGCCGCCCCUCGUGGUCGCGGUGUUUCCGCGCGCAACAAGGCCCCUAAGUUCGGUGGUCAGCGUGUGUUUGAUCGUCACUCUGGGUCCGAUAAGACCGGUGUCAAGGCAGUUAUGAAGAAGGACGGACACGGAACUGGUAACUGGGGCACGUUGGAAGAUGAACUUGAAGCUCAGAUGGCCGAAGUUGUUCCCGAACCCACUACUGAGGAGGAGGCUCCAGCGGAGGAAGUAAAGUCAGCUGAGUCCACUCCUACUGAGCAGAUUCAGGAACCAGUCGACGAACGUCCUAAGACUUUGACAUUGAGGGAAUAUCGUGAGCAACUGAGAGCAUCAAAGGCAAAGGUACAGUUGACCACUAAGGGAGAACGCCGUCCAAAUGAUGGAAAAAACGUAUUUUCCGACAUGGUGGAAGUUCAUAAAUCAAAGCCUCUGGAACCGAAGGUUGAGCUGGUUUUAGAAGAUAAACCUCAGAUUGAGGAAGAGGCUAAAACAGUCGUUUUUGAGUUUGGACGCGGGAGACCUACGCCUCGAGGACGUGCAGGGCGUCCGUUUGGAUCUAGUGAAUUUCGAGGUCGUGGUUCAGGACCUCGCGCUGAUCGGCAGUCGCGGGAAGAACUACAAGCCCAGCCCGCGGAGCAGACAGAACAACAAUCGCAAGAGUCGCCCGACAGCAGUGAACCAUCUGGACAACCCAGGGAAAGGUCAGCGCCGCGUGGAGGUCGUCGAGGUGAAAGAGUCUUUCGCGGUGGGAGUCGUGGGCGCGGUUUCAUACCCCGCGUUGGUUUUAACGCUGAGCGCGGCCGUGGAAGAGGUGGUGGCCCGGGUGGCGAUCGUCCGAGUUUCCGUGGCGGUGAUCGUCCGAGUUUUCGCGGUGGCGAGAGGGGCGGAGGUCGCGGAAUGCGCGGAGGCGGACCGCGUGGCGGAGGGGUUGCAGCUAACGUUGGCGGCGGCGGCGGAUUUAGGCGCGGUCGUGGGGCGUUCGACGGUCCUCAAGAGGCUCGUGGAGGUACCAGGGGUGGAUUGCGUGCUCCUACAAAUACUGCACCCUCGAUGGACAGUGAUGCGGAUUUUCCCGCUCUCAAUUCCAAAGUCUCUACCAUUAUCCACGAGGCUGCCAUUACGUGCUGCACGAGCCAAGUCUGA